AUGAAGAUUACACGCGCUAUUUCUCUGACCAAUUUCAUGGUCGCUACCUCUGCCCUCGGCUUCCAGGUUUUUGUUCUCUAUCCUUGGCAUAAAGAACUGGACAAUGGAUUCGAAGACCUCAAGAAGGAACACAAGAAAGUCCUCGAUGCUAUGGGAAAGAAUGUGAGCGAGCAGCAGCGAAUGGCGUUCACGAGCAGGCUCAAUGAGCUCAAGACGGAAAGCUCUCGCCGAUGGUGGUGGAUGUAA